AAGAAACCUAAUCAUAAAUUUACACUAAACUUGGGUAAACAUUAUUCGUUACAUAUUUAGAGUUAAAAUUCUACCUUGAGCAAUAUUUAACACAAACAACGCGCAGGAUCGAUGUUAAGAUUGCUUCACAUCACUUUAACCGAACAGAUGUACGAAUCAUUGAAUCGUCACAACACACUAAUGCGUAUCACACUGCUUUUGAACGUUGAAGAUGACUGCACAUCUUGGCGCAUCUUUCAUGCAUUUGCCAAUACGUUGCAAUUCGCACAAUCACUUCCCAAUUUGCAACUCUCCCACUAUCUCUCCCGCAUCACAACUAUUUGCUUCUCUUGCCUUGCGCUCUUCACAAGCGCUCCACUUGGCACAGACAGAGUAAAAGAAGGACAAAUGUCACAAAGCAGGCUUUGCGAUUCUCCGGCCAAACGCGACGUUGCUGAUGGUGAACCAAGCAAAAAGGUGAACAAAAAAGCCUUUCCAAAACCCGUCCUGUGUCGCACGAAGCGGGUCCGAAACGCCCGAGAUGUGCCCGUAACGAUGCCAAACGGUCCGAACAUUCCCCUGACGAACCAGCCCGAACGAGAGACGUGUUUUUGCCAUAAAUGGUGUAAAUCGUUACUCCUUGCGCCGUACUUUCUUUUCUGCUGGUUGGGGAAGGGGGUGGUCUGGUGGAAUAGUCCGCCGAACCGAAACUGGCAGCCGUCCAGCACCAAUCCUUAUUGGAAAGGUGGACCGGACCCGGUUUCUGGACCGCACGGAUCAGCAGCAGCAGUAGUGGUGGCGAGCCAGUGCCAUCACAGUGUCGUGUCGAUCUGCUGUCAGGUCGAAGUUGGCGUUGCUGGCGUAGUGGUGGUUUGCUGGUGACCAACGGAUAAGCACGGAUACGCAAGCAAGCAAAAAGAAAAAAAAAUCGGGGUCGCUUUCUCACCCGCACACGUCCACCGAUCCCGAACGGUUAUGAAGCACUGAAAGCCACGCCGCGCGAGUUCCUUUAUCGGCAGCUGUAGCACCGCGAUUUCGCGAUAUCACGAUGGGCUAUUAAUCCCUUUUGCUGUGCAGCGGAACUGUGUAUCUCGUUUUGUAACACACGUCCAGUAUCGGCCAGAACUCGCUCAGAAGCAGCAGCAGCAGCAAUCCGUUUUUUUUGUCGCUCGCUUGUACAGCCGUGUUUUAGUGGUGACAUUGCAGACGAGACCGCCGCGUCAGCUACAAAGUCUGGCCUCAUAUUUCCGAAGCUUGCGCGAACGUGAUAAGUGAAGCGCAAACAGCAGUGCGUACGAGAAAACGCUAUGAGUGCACUUAAACUGAAACCGCUGGAAGACUCGAACCUUUACAAGCGCCGUACCACGUCCAAGGAGAACCUACUCCACACAGCAGUGGGUGGCAGUGUUGGUGGUGGUGGUGGUGCAGCAGCAGUAUCCGCUAGCGAUAUGAUGUUACGUCCCGGGCGGGAUACGGACAGCCCUUCCUCCACCGCAUCGCCGCGGCUCAUGUCAGCCAGUUCGACACAGCAAUCGACGACAGCGACGACGACACGCUCACAGAUGCAGCAGAAUGUCGCGUCCUAUCCGCCACCCCAUCCCCAGGUGGAGAGUUACUAUCAGCAACCGAAGUCACCGAUAAGAAUGGCAACGGGGUUCGGGGGUACCACAGUACCCUUUCCCCUGUGUACCUCCACACCGACGCACCCUUCGGCAGGGGGUCAGAAGAAUGUGCAAUUCUUAACGACAGCAAACAGCAGAAAUAUGUACGAUAGCGGCACGGCGUCGCCGCAAACGCGAGUGGCAGUGCAAUUCGAACAGCCGAACGUUUCACACGGCGCAACGCCACAGAGAGGAGCGUCCACUUCGGUGCAGCAACAACCGCCCGGAGCGUAUCAGAAUCUACCGACACCCGGGAUAGCACCGGGCACACCGACCACACCCGGCAGAAGGAUGGAAUCGUGGGAACAGUCUGGAAGAUCGAACGUGCAAACGGUGGCAGCAGGCGACGGCGUCACCACCAACAACAUGUCGCUCGGCACGAUGCACUGCACGCGCUGUGACGAAGGCUUCGAACCGCACGAGCGCAUCGUCAACUCCAACGGGCAGCUCUGGCAUACGCAAUGCUUUGUCUGCGCGCAAUGUUUCCGCCAGUUCCAGGACGGCAUAUUCUACGAGUUCGAGGGCCGGAAGUACUGCGAGAAGGACUUCCACAUCCUGUUUGCGCCGUGCUGUGCCAAGUGCAACAACUUCGUGAUCGGGCGCGUGAUCAAGGCGAUGGCGGCGAACUGGCAUCCGCAGUGCUUCACCUGCGAGCGCUGCAGCAUUCCGCUGGCCGAUUCGGGCUUCAUACGCAACCAAAACCGGGCCCUGUGCCACGAUUGCAAUCGCAAGGAGAAGGAGGUCGGGCUCGGCAAGCUCGUCUGCAACAAGUGCCAUGGCAUUAUCGACGAUGCGCCACUGCGCUUCCGGGGUGAAGUUUACCACGGGUAUCACUUCAACUGUACGUCCUGCGGUGCCGAACUGGACUCGUCGGCCCGGGAGGUGAAGAACCGCAGCGGGUAUGCCGCCAACGACAUGAACGAGCUGUACUGUCUGCGAUGCCAUGAUCGCAUGGGCAUCCCGAUCUGCGGUGCCUGUCGCCGGCCGAUCGAGGAACGGGUUGUCACCGCGCUGGGAAAGCAUUGGCACGUUGAGCACUUUGUGUGUGCCAAGUGUGAGAAACCCUUCCUUGGCCACCGUCACUACGAGAAGCGUGGCAUGGCCUACUGCGAGACGCACUAUCAUCAGCUGUUUGGAAAUUUGUGCUUCGUCUGCAAUCAAGUCAUCGCUGGUGACGUGUUCACCGCAUUGAACAAGGCCUGGUGCGUUCAUCACUUCUCCUGCUCGAUCUGCGACCAGAAGCUGGACCAGAAGUCCAAAUUCUUCGAGUACGACGAGAAACCGGUGUGCAAGAAGUGCUACGAGCGGUUCCCGAGCGAGCUCCGUCGCCGCUUGCGCAUUUCGCACGAAAACACAAUCAAGAAGCCGGCUCCGUAAAGGGCGAAGCGGACGUCAAUUGAACAACACUCUCUUCUGCGUGCCAAUAAUGAAAGCAGCAAAUCGAUACGAAUUGCAAACCGAAUCUAACCCGCACACGCUGGCCAAUGCCGAGCAUUGUGUGCUUGAAAACGAAACUUACUUGAACAAUCAAGAUGAAAUCAGCAACUAACAAACUCCCCGAUGCUUAUUGUAAUUAAGAAACCACGUGAGUGUUCGUGAAGUCUAGUACCAUUCUACUAACGCCCUCCUGGCAGUGCAAGAUUAAAACAGUGCCUUUAGACGCGUAGUCAGGAACGAUGCUGUACCUUCCUAAAACAUGAUUUACAAUUGGUGCACCCGUUUUAUAUAGAAGUGUAUUUAAAAAGCAACAAGCUUUACGUUUAACCGUUUCUGGAACUAAUUAUUAGUCUCUUGUGUAGAGGAGGAUCCAGUCUAAUGUAGAGACUGUAGAUGAUCCGUAUUUGUUCAUGUUCGGUGCUCGAAUAGUGCCAACCAAUAAUGCGCGCACACACACAGAUACCCAACCAACGUUCGGUGGUAUGUAAUUGUAAUGUUUUAGUAUUAAAGUUUUUACUUACUUUUUUUAAAUAACAACAUUUAACACGUUAACGGGUAAACAACAGAGCGGACGGAGAAUCAGCAAUGCCGUGAAAACGACGAGCAAGCAACGAACCGUACCUUCCCCAAGAGAGGGAAAUUCGCUACAGAGUCGUCACGAUGACGAUGAUGAUGAGUUUAGAUUGUGUGUAAUAUUUUUAAUAAACUAAUGUGUUUGUAUUUUAACUCCAAA